AAGCCCCAGGACACAGGCCUUGGCCUGGAAGGACGGGAAGCCCGGAGGAAGCCUGAGGCCUCUGGGUCUUAGGCUGGGGCCUCCCUUCCCGGCCCGGCUGCGUGCAGCUGGCUAAUGAUUAAUGCAGAAGGUGGCCUGUGGGCGCUCACAGGUCUGGCACCUCUGUGCCGUGGCCCCGCCCGUGACGUGACGGAGGCGUUCCCUUGAGGAACUUCCUGUAGCUGGAAGGAGAGAUCAGAGUGCUGUGGAGGCCGGAGGGUCGCUCCUGCGCUCCUGUGGCGAGGUCGGCGGCCUCGAAGCCUCCUGGAGAGGAAGCUGUCCUGACGCCCCAGCAGGAGGUCUGCCUGCUGAGGCAGGACCCACCGUGCUCCCAGCGGCCCAGGUCUGCAGUGGUUGCUCCCUGGCUUUCCCAUCGCGGUCUUGGGGCUCAGCCUCCACGGAGAGGCUGCUCUGAGCAGCCAGGGAUCCCUGGACCUGUCGCCGGGCGAGGAAGAACAUGCAGAGAUGGCGGGCGGGCCGCUGGGAAGACGUGCUGGCCGUGCUGGUGGUCCUGGCCAGCCUCUCAGCUCCGGGAUCCAGUUAUCAGAUCGUAGUCGGGCCUAACAACGCAACGGUCCUGGAGGGUGCGGAGGCUCGCUUCAACUGCACCGUGUCCCCCGGCUGGAAGCUCAUCAUGUGGGCGCUCAAGGGCACGGUGGUCCUGAGCGUCACUCCCAGGGAGCCCAUCAUCACCAACGACCGCUUCACCUCGGAGAGCUACGAGGACCUGGACGGGAACUUCGUCUCCGAGAUGAUAAUCCACAACACGCAGCCCAGCGACUCGGGGUGGGUCCGGUGCAGCCUCCAGAACAGUGACCUGGAAGCGUUCGCUUUCCUAGCCGUCCAAGUCAUGGGCACGCUGUCCAUUCCCAAUGACAGCAUCGUGGUCACUGAGGACCAGCCUUGCACUGUCACCUGUCGCGCCCUGGGCUGGAGCCCGCUCCCCGAUAUUUCCUGGGAGGUCGCCGUCCCCGUAAGCCAGUCGAGCUAUUACUCCUUCCUGGAGCCGGGCGAGCCCCGCAGCACCGUGAGCGUCCUGACUCUCACGGCGCAGGGCAACGGGACCCUGACUUGCGUGGCUAACCUGAGGAGCGUGCAGGCCCACAAGGCCGCGGCCGUCAACCUCACCGUGGUGCAGUCUCCGUCUGACAAUGCUGGUGAAGCAGGCUCGUCGUUGCCUACCUGGGCCAUCGCGCUGCUGGCCGUCUUGCUCACCUCGGUUUUUAUCCUGAUAUUUGUUCUGAUCAUAAUAUUCUGUUGCUGUUGUCCCUCUUGGAGGAAGAAAAAAGAGUCUACUUAUCAAAUUAAAAUAAGGAAUUCUGAAAAGGAGAACACGGAGAAAGGAACUUCUGAGACAAAGUCAAAAAACGAAAGUGAAAACUAUGGAUUCAGCUCAGACGAACAAAAGACCACACAGAUGGCUCCUCUCCCUCCUAAGUCCAGAGAAGUCAGCGCCCGAGGACAGCCUGCCAGCAGCCCUGCUCCUCAGGAAACCAAAAAGCAUCAUCCAGGCCCAGCAAGCCAUCCACAGGUCUCUUUCAACAUCGCCAGUCCUCAGAAAGUCAGGAGUGCGACUUUGGUAUAGUGAAGGCUUCUCUCGGGCUCUGUUUUGUGCCUGCCGAGACCGACAUCGCCAGGUCUCCAACUGUCCCCAUACCAGGACUGGGCGCAGCUUUGCCAGUAUCUCCUGGCCCCGCUGGACAGCUGGAGCUGAUGUCUUAUGGUGGCACGAACAGUCCGUUUUCUCAGAUGCCACGGAGAAUCUGAUUUCUGAAACAUUUCAUGGUUUUAGCGAAUGCCUUGAAGUUUCCAAGUAAAACCUGCAAAUACAUCAUGUUGAUAUUUAAUCAUCGUUCUGCACUCUCUCUUGGCUGAUCCAAUAAAUGGCACUUGACUAUAUUCUACCA